GGAGGGUAGGGCGAGUCAUAUGACCCGCUGGGCUUCCUGGCUCCGGCCGUCGCCGCCGCCCGCCCGUGUCAGCCCUUGUCGCGCCGGGGGCCCCCGAGCAGCCGUUGGCGGGUUCGGGGCCGAGGCCGUCUCCGCCGCUGUCCGUCCGCGCCCGCGUCCCUGCGCGCUGCCCGCCGUCACCAUGCUGGCGCUCAUCUCCCGCCUGCUGGACUGGUUCCGCUCGCUCUUCUGGAAGGAGGAGAUGGAGCUGACGCUCGUGGGGCUGCAGUACUCGGGCAAGACCACCUUCGUCAAUGUCAUCGCGUCAGGUCAGUUCAGUGAAGAUAUGAUACCCACAGUGGGCUUCAACAUGAGGAAGGUAACCAAAGGGAACGUCACAAUAAAGAUCUGGGACAUAGGAGGCCAGCCCCGAUUCCGGAGCAUGUGGGAGCGGUACUGCCGAGGGGUCAAUGCUAUCGUUUACAUGAUAGAUGCUGCAGAUCGUGAAAAGAUAGAAGCUUCUCGAAAUGAACUACAUAAUCUUCUAGAUAAGCCACAGCUACAGGGGAUUCCAGUACUAGUACUUGGAAACAAGAGAGAUCUUCCAAAUGCCUUGGAUGAGAAACAGCUAAUUGAAAAAAUGAAUCUGUCUGCUAUUCAGGAUAGAGAAAUUUGCUGCUAUUCAAUUUCUUGCAAAGAAAAGGAUAAUAUAGAUAUCACACUUCAGUGGCUUAUUCAACAUUCAAAAUCUCGAAGAAGCUGAAACAUCUUCUGAAGUCUUCCAUUCCUUCUUGGCUAUAAUCUUAGAAUUACUGUCCGUUCCUCUCAAGUACUUCCCAGAAUAUGGUCCUUCCUAAACCCAAGAAAUUGCCUUUUUCAGAGUUUAUUUCUCAUGUGCACUGCUGAAGAUGUGUAACCCUAAUCUUCCUAAUGAAUCAGCUGGAGUUGUCAUGAUAAAGUCAGCACACUCUAACGGCUUCACACACAUGCCUGUCUAGUGUGGAGAGUUUUUUUGUUUUGUUUUGUUUUGUUUUAAAGAAAAAAGGACACAUUUUUGACCAUCUUAAAUUAAGAAAUUUGCAUAUUUCCAUUCUGGUUGUUCUGGGCCAGAUUUUUAUAUUGGUUUUGGUAAGCAUCUACCUAGAUUUCAUUAUAGAGUCCAGCUUAAUACUGAUACUGACUUGAUGCAGCAUGAAAUUCUAGUGCCACACAGUAUUUAGAAGAGCUUUAAGCCUGACUCCUGUGGGAUAUAAACAAUGUUUAUCUCAUCUCACACAUGCAUGUAAAAUUACACUGUAGGAAUUCAGUAAUAGUCUGCACAGAGUUAGCAGACAUACCGGAUCAUCAUGGGCUCUUGACACUAGAGACUUCCCACCUGGUGAAUUUUAAAAAGACUCCUUUAUCAUAGAUGGCUUUUGGGGAGGUGGGAGGAAUUAAAGCAUGCUCUUUGUAUCUGUCCAGAUCACUCAUUUUUUUUUCCCCUUUCAACACACUUUUUUAAAAGGUUGGGGAUUGAAGAUUUUCUCAAAAGCUUUCAAGAAUUUAGAGCAUUCCCAGCCAGUAUAAUAAAACCUGUUAAAGAAUGUGUGACUUUGUUUGAACACACAUCUGUUCUUUGUAUCUGCAGUCAUUGAACCUGUGCUGCUGCAUGACACUCUUAACUCCUGACUUUUUAUAUCCAGUCAUAAAGUUGACUUUCAGCACAAAAGAUCCUUAUAAACAAAUAAAUUGUUAUUUUUUUUUCUUACCAGUGUAAGGUUUGGCACCCUUUUGUCUGGUGCCAUUAGACGUCUUGAUGAUUGUGACAACUCUAGACCUGCCUGCUUUAUCUAAUGUAAUCAUGUGCAACGUCUACAGGUUGUUUAAUAAUCAGUCACACAGAGAACUGAGGAACCGAUUCUGUGUAGUAUUUGCUUCUAUGAUACAGAAAUGUAUACAGACUUGCAAUGAACAUGUUUUGUAGUUUAGGGAUCUCCAAAUACAUAAAGGGACAUACAAUACUGGCUCACUUGUAAAUUGUUAUUCAUGUGCUGUGUUCACACUGCUCCUAUGUUGCCUCACACUGUGUGUGACUCUGUUUCUUCUGUUAAGCAGCACUUAAUGUAGACAGUGCAUUUCCAGGUGUGUUGAGCACUCAGCGUGUAGUCAACAGUUAGUUCUUUUAGUGCAUACCUGUUUUAAUUUAUAGACUGCCAUGGCCUUAAAAAUAUUCUGUACAAAUACCGCACUGUGUUGCACAGACACUACUUGUUUUUCUCCAUUCACAUUUUUAAUGAGUACAAUCUGGGCUUUUAAAGUUCUGUUCUUAUUAGAUGCAUGUUGCAUACUUCCCAGAUGGGAUGGGCUGUUUGAACGAAGGGAUAUUUAAAGAUGCUACUGUAGCCCGACGUGACUAUGAACCAUUUCAAAGAAUGUGGCAACUUCUUUUUGUGUGCCUAAAGGAGGGAUUGGAACUAGAAUGUGUGACUAGGUGGGGACUGCAUAGGUUUGUUGAUUGACCUAUAGCUAAACCUUAAUGUGUUUUUGUGUCUUUCCAUUGCUUCAGCAUUUCAGGACAUCUAAAAGCUACUACCAACAUUUCCUGUGCAUAACCUCUGCAUGUGAAAGCCAACCUAACAGUUACUGAACUUUGUAAAUACGUAAACUUUUUUAUUUAGGUGGAUGCAUUUUCGUCUGUUUACUGCUCUACUCAGCUUUAUUCAAUAAACUUGCAUUUUGAGGGUUGUAUUGGCAAUUUUGACUUAAAAUGUGCACCAUGAUGAAAGGUGCAGAUCUGUUUUGGAAAGGAACAGGAAGAGAAGUACCACGAGGGGCUUCGUAGACCACGUGCAAGAAGUCAACUCAGACAUCAAAGAGUUGUGUUUGUGGGCUGAACUAGAAAUAAACUUUUAAAAUAGCCACAGAA